AUGGGUGCCCAUGAGACAUUCGGUUGGGUGUCCGCAGGCGGACUUGGGCUGAGCGAGCUGCUCGACAAGGACAUGGUAGAGCCAGUUCUCACACCUCGGCGCAUCAUGAACCGCCGAAUAAAAAGCUGCCGAUCGCCGGCGUCGCUCGUGGACCUCGUCCAGGACGAAAUAUCAAAUUUCGAUCACCAAAACGUGUCUCACGCGUUAUCCCGACUCGCAAAGAUGUUCCCGGGCCGGACGCGUGGCCGCCCUCAUCAUCACCCUUCCCCCCACGUCCCUCACGCCUACAACGCCUCAGCGCGCCAGCAGCAGCUCACAGAGCUCAGACCCGCCUUGAAGCUCCUCACGCGGCGAAUGCACCAGCUCAUCCGGAAUUACGACUCCUGGGACGUUACCCUGUCGCUGUGGUCGUAUGCGCAGUUGGGCUAUCACGACGAGCAUGCCCUCCGUGCCCUCUGCGACGCUGCGCUAGCUGUAGCGCCCCUCUUUAAGCCCGUGGACUGCGCCAACUCGGUGGUCGCGUUCGCGUACCUGGACUACCUCCACACGGAGCUGCUGCGGCAGAUUGUGGCGGUGAUGUUGGACAGCAUGGACGAUUUCCAGCCCGGGGAGGUGUGUCAGGUGCUGUGGGGGUUUGCCAAGCUGGGUUGCCACCCGGGGGCGACCCUGCUGCAUGAGGUGGUGGCUACGGUGCAUCGGAAUGUACGACAGUACGGCACGCAGGAGCUGGUUCUGGUGUUGUGGGCGCUUGUACGGCUGGGUCAUAAACCAGGGGUACGGUUCCUGUACGACGUGGAGACCACGUUGCUACAGCGACUGCCCCACAUGGCUCCCCCCGACCUCAGCCUCUCGGUCUGGACGUUUGCGCAUCUGCGGUACAAGCUCCGAAACUGCUCCAAUGCGGAGCUGUGCAGCUUGGUUUCGGGGUUCGGUACCGCACACCACUACCAUCGGAUGCUCCUGGACGCGGUGGCGGGGGUGGUGCUCUGCCGCAUCGAAACGCUAACGCACCAGGAAGUCUGUGUCGUACUAUGGACGUACGGCACCUUCCGCCACCGGCCCUCGAACGCGGACUUUAGCAAGCAUAUGGCCGCGACGCUGUACAGCCGCAUGCCGUACUUUGCCCCCCAAGGCCUGGCCAUGAUUGUCAAGGCGCUAGCACAGCUCCAGUGGCGGAGUGAGCCGCUGCUGGUGGCGCUGAUGGCGGCGGCGGAGACCAAAAUGAACGGCUUUAAGCCCUUGGAGCUCUCCCAGCUGCUGUGGGGCCUCACAGCUCUCGACUGCAAGGACCUCAACAUCUACUACUCGGUUGUCCGGAGGUGCAUCGCCAUCCUCAAGGACCCCCAGCACCCGCACUACCGAACCAUGUUGCAUCACCGGGUGGUUAAUUCGGUUAUAUCCUCGUGUCAGCAACUGGGCUACGUGCCGUGGACCCUCAUUGACUUUGCGGAGAGCAAGGGCAUCCGCGUGAAGGAGCCGGACAUCCUCAGCAGCAGAGACGAGGAGGACGAGGGGAUGGCGGCGUUGCUGACGGCAACAGCGACGUCCCCGGCAGCCCGCGCAGCCGGCGACGUGGCGGCGGCAGCGGAGGCGGCGGCAACGGCCGCACCACGGCGGCAGAAGAGCCUGAAUCAAGAGGCUAAUGACGGUGCGGUGGAGGAGGAGGAGGAGGAGGAGGAGGACGAUGUGGGUACCUCAAUGGCCUGUGAUUUGGCGGCGGGUCUCGGAGCUGGUCAGCGGCAGCGAGGAAAUCCGCCGGAUCAGCUACUGCGGCUACAGCCGCAGGAGCGGCCGCUGCAGCUACAUGAGGGGGACGACGACGACGUCGAGAAGAAGAUGGCAGAGGGGGACGCCGCCGGUGCCUCCUCUGCCGCAACACGGACGACAGAGACCGCCGCAACGGCAGCACCUGUCGUCCCCUUCCUCCAAAUCACUAGCAGCAGCGGCAGCGGUAGCGCCGAUGCCGCUGACGUCGCCGCCAUCACGGCUGCAGCAGCGCCUCAAUGA